AUGGAGUCUACAAAUAUCACGAAGAAAGAAAGAAAGAAAGAAAGGAUAGCCAAAAUUGAACCUCGAUCUGGCCAUGGACAGCAGCAAUAUGCAAAGCCGAGUUGCGAUCGUAAACCGUGUAAUGAUGAACAAAAGCCGAAUCCCUUCCCAAUACUUCCUCGACGAAUUAUGCUUUGCACAUCUUUCACACGGUGGUGGUGCACCAGCGGCCUGAGAGAUGCACCACCGUUGGAGGUGGGUGGGUGGACAGGUUCACAACAACAUCAAGCAAAUGUUUAUCUCACAAAAAUUUCCCCAAGGUUCUCAACUACAAUAUUGCACGACACAAAAGAGGGUUCAACUCUUCACAAGGUGAAUAAGGCUACACUUCAAGGUUGA